UCCCUCUCUUUACCUUCUGUCCGAGUUGCUGAGAUAAUGUCGUUGUAUUAUGGAUGGAACAGCUUCUGCGAAGACGAAGAUCGUCCCGAAAAGCCGCGCAGAUAUGGAGUCACAGAGAUGCGUGGGCCCCACUAUACCCUCUUAAACCAAAACGCUCUUCAGGAGAUUUUAGAAUCUAUGGGACAGUUUGUUGAUGGUUUGAAAUUCUCCGGUGGAUCGAACAGUUUGAUGCCAAAGGCCUUCAUAAAAGAAAUAACCGAUAUGGCACAUAAGCAUAAUGUUUAUGUUAGUACUGGCGACUGGGCAGAACAUUUGCUUCGGAAAGGACCAGCUGCUUUUGAACAAUAUGUCGAGGAAUGCAAGCAUUUGGGGUUUGACACUAUUGAACUAAAUGCUGGUUCACUUCGAAUGCCGGAAGAAUCUCUCUUGAGAUUUGUGCGCUUGAUUAAGAGAGGAGGUCUGAAAGCCAAGCCUCAUUUUGCAGUGAAAUUUGACACAUCUGACAUUCCUGCUCGCGGUCAUAGAGCAUUUGGGGCUUAUAUAGCUCCUGUACCCCAACAAUCUGAAGUUGUUGAAGAUGUGGACUUGUUGAUCAGAAGGGCUGAGAGAUGCUUAGAAGCUGGGGCAGAUAUGAUCAUGAUCGAUGCAGAUGAUGUUUGCAAAUAUGCAGAUUCUCUGCGGGCAGACAUUAUUGCAAAGAUCAUAGGUCGCAUAGGAAUUCAGAAAACCAUGUUUGAAGCCUCAAACCCUGACACAUCUGAGUGGUUCAUCAGACAGUAUGGACCAAAGGUCAAUCUCUUCGUAGAUCCUUCUCAGGUGAUGAACCUGGAGUGCCUCCGAGGCCGCAGCUUGGGUAAAAACCAUACAUCUGUUCUUGGGUCUUCCUAUUAUCUCGUAUGAAACUGUCAUUUGGUAGGGGCAUCCUAUUGUUCAGAACUGGAUGGUUCAAAGAGUUGGAUUUAUAGGUUCCACUGCCUUUAUUUUGCAUUUGCUCUGUUUGGCUUGUGUUGUUUGUGUGUACUGUGUUUUUCUAUGUGGUUGAAUGAACUCUAUUACUUUUUUUAAUCUCUAGAACUGUAUAUAACUGUUACUGGUUAAGUUUCCUUGGAGCUUAUGCAUGUGCUAAUUUGUUUC